GUACAGGUGGUAGCCUCAGCAAAGGGAAAUUGGUGUCUGCUGGACUCCAGCACUGGGCCUGGUGGGCCCUCUGGGCCUGGCAGCUAUGGCAGUGGCUACAGUGGCUGCACUACUAGCCGCACUGGGUGGAGGAUUGUGGCUGGUGGCCCGGCGUUUCGUGGGGACGAGGACCCAGCGGCUUCACAGCAGCGGAAAUUCAGGCCACAUGCACGGGAAGACUGUGCUGAUCACAGGGGCGAACAGCGGCCUAGGCCGCGCCACUGCCGCUGAGCUGCUGCGACUUGGGGCUCGGGUGAUCAUGGGCUGCCGGGACCGCACGCGCGCGGAGGAAACGGCGGGUCAGCUGCGACGCGAGCUUAGCCAGGCGGAGGGCCCCAGGCCAGACCCUGACGCCGGCGCGGCCGGGGAGCUCGUCAUCAAGGAGUUGGAUCUCGCUUCCCUGCGCUCGGUGCGCGCCUUCUGUCAGGAGAUGCUCCAGGAAGAGCCUAGACUGGAUGUCUUGAUCAAUAAUGCAGGAAUCUUCCAGUGUCCUUAUAUGAAGACUGAAGAUGGAUUUGAAAUGCAGUUUGGAGUGAACCAUCUCGGGCACUUCUUACUCACCAAUCUUCUUCUUGGACUCCUCAAAAGUUCAUCUCCCAGCAGGAUUGUGGUAGUUUCUUCCAAACUUUAUAAAUAUGGAGACAUCAAUUUUGAAGACUUGAACAGUGAACAGAGCUACAAUAAAAGUUUUUGUUAUAGUCGGAGCAAACUAGCUAAUAUUCUAUUUGCCAGAGAACUUGCUCGCCGCUUGGAAGGCACAAAUGUUACUGUAAAUGUGUUACAUCCUGGUAUUGUACGAACAAAUCUCGGGAGGCACAUAAACAUUCCAUUGCUGGUCAAACCACUGUUCAAUUUGGUGUCAUGGGCUUUUUUCAAAACUCCAAUAGAAGGUGCUCAGACUUCUAUUUAUUUAGCUUCUUCACCUGAAGUAGAAGGUGUUUCAGGAAAGUACUUUGGGGAUUGUAAAGAGGAGGAACUAUUGCCCAAAGCUAUGGAUGAGUCUGUUGCAAGAAAACUCUGGGAUAUCAGUGAAGUGAUGGUUGGCAUAUUAAAAUAGAGACAAAAGGUAAAAAAAGGGAUUUUUAUAAAAUUGGAUGUCAGUUUUAUGCAUGACCAGGAGUGGUAUAACUUCAUCACUUGCACCUUGAAAAAA